AUGGCUAAGCACAUUUACAUGACACUGGCUGCACUGCUCGUCUUGAUCAUUGCUGUGAAUGCGGCACCCGCGCAAGUGGAGUAUGAUUUAGUGGGAGAAAGUGAUUUGCCAGCUCUAAAUAAAGCUGAGGAGGCGCAAAACUCUAGCGCGGAGAGCGACGAGGAGGAUGAUGACGAUGAUGAGGAUGAGGCACAGAAGCAGCAGAAUGAUGAUGAUGAUGAAGACGACGAUGACGAUAAUGAGGAAAGGUUUAUCAGACGCAGACGUCGUGAGGCUGUUGAGGAACAACCAGCCAAGGCAACAGCUGAAGUUCCAGCUGCUGAGAGCGCCACCACAAUUCCAACCACAAGCUCAGUGACAACGACGCGUAAGCCCGUGCUCGUCCUAAUACGUGAUGCGCUCAAAAAGGUUACCACCGGCCUGCCCACCGAGCAGGUGGCUAACAAUGCCUUGCAGUACUUCCAGCUGUUUGAGCAUUUCAUACAGCAAACCAUCGAACAGGUCAUUGAUGCCGCCGCCGACGAUGAGGAGGAGACUCCCGCAGCUGUCGCGCCUGCCACAGCAACAACUGCCACGGAGGAGGACAAAAUACCCGAGACGCCUGAGACGCAGCCCGAAAAGCCAAUCGAGUUGGCUGCUCCAGCUCCAGCUCCAGUGGAAAAUCUUGUCAAGCCCGCAGAGCCAGCAGCUGUCAGCAAUGCAGUCUAG